AAGCCUCAAACAAAGCUCUAAUAGCUACAAGAGAUCAUGUCAAAAUCUCUCACAAUUCUCCUCCUCCCUAUCUAAAACCAACCCUACUAUGUUAACCCUUCAAAGUGUCAUCAACAACGGCGAAAACGACCGAAACCUUGACGAUCAUGACGAUGAGCACAUCAGGGACAUCCAUGCUUUGACCCCGCCUCAUCCCCCGGCCGUAAACCGCCGCCGUUGGGACACCGCCAGCCGCGCCUCCUCUUCGAGCGAAGUCGCCUCGAGCGAGAACUUCACCACCAUGAGUCGAGAGUUUAACGCUCUGGUCCUUGCUGGCUCUUCCAUUGAGAACAAUGAUUCGGAUUCUAGACAUACUUUGAACAAUCAUAAUAAUCACUUGACGAGGAUCGGAGAGGACCAUGAACCGCAAGAGGAAACCAACCCAUUUGCUAUAGUGCCGGAUAAUACUUACUCCGAUCAGGGUUUGGAUCAGCAAAGAUGGGUCGGGUCAGGAGAGCCUUCGCAUCCGGAGACGGUGGGGAGUGGCGGCGGCAGCAGCCACGGCGAGGUUUCGGUGCUGAGGGUGAAGAAAGAGGAGGUGGAGUCGAAAAUAUCUGCUUGGCAACACGCUAAGGUUGCGAAGAUCAAUAACAGGUUUAAGAGGGAAGAUGCUGUGAUCAAUGGGUGGGAAAGUGAACAAGUUCAAAAGGCUACUUCUUGGAUGAAGAAACUUGAGAGGAAGCUAGAGGAGAAAAGAGCAAAAGCCCUAGAAAAGAUGCAAAACGAGGUCGCAAAAUCACACAGGAAAGCAGAAGAGAGGAGGGCAUCAGCCGAGGCAAAGAGAGGAACAAAGGUCGCAAAGGUUCUUGAAAUUGCCAAUUUGAUGAGAGCUGUAGGGCGACCACCCACAAAACGUUCCUUCUUUUGAGGCCCUUAAUUUUAUAUACACGUGUACCUUAAUUGCUUCUUCUAAGAGAGCGUACCUUCAUCUUUUCAACUGUAGGGUGCCCUAUAUCAGAGGGCAUGCAAUUAAUCAAGAGUUGCACCUAAUCAACAUAUAUACACUGUAUUAUGUAUUUACGUAUAUGUAUGUACGUAUGUGUGUGUGUUGGAUCAUGAUUGAGUGCUGAGUGCACGAAGUGUGGUGAGAUAUUUGAGGUUUUGUUAAUGGUGAAAGGUGGUGAGGGUGGAAGCACUUAUUUUGGUGUUGUACAGUUGAAAUAUCAAUGCUUCUUUUUGUUUGGUU